UUAAUUGUUUGCGGAAGUCGUGGAGCCUCAGACCUUUCUGUGAUACUUUUAGACACGUUUGUUAAAAUCAUUACUUUUCUCCACAAUUUACGUGAUUUGUACAUUUAUUUAUCAUAGAGAGAGUUAUAAAGAGUGUUUAUCGACAUAUUCAUCCACGUGUACCCGGCGAGGUUAACACUUCCGUCACUUACUCUCUGUAUAAAACACUCCGUUUACUGCUUUAUUUCUUCCUGGGUCCAAAUUAAUCAACUAAACCGGAGUCAGGUGUCGGUUACCGGCGUUGUGGUCGCUCUCCGAGCCGCUGUGGAACAUGAACCCAGAGAAGAGGCUCCGCACCGCGGGAGGUGGAGGAGCAGAGACACCGAGAGGAGAGCGAGAGGAGGCGGGGAGAGAAGUGGACGUGAGUAUUGUCAUGCCAGCACACAAUGCAUCCUGUUGGCUGGAUGAAUGUCUACAGGCCAUAUCAGAGCAAGACUUUACUGGAUCGAUGGAGCUGUCUGUCUAUGACGACGCAAGCACUGAUGACUCCAGGCAAAAGGUGGAGGGUUGGAGGACUAGACUGGAGGCGAGAGGCGUCUCAGUGGUGAUCUCUGGUCACAGCUCCGCUCAGCCAAAAGGAGUGGGAUAUGCAAAGAACAUGGCAAUAUCUCAGAGCUGUGGGAAAUACUUGUGCUUUCAGGAUGCGGAUGACAUCAUGUCGCCUCACAGAGUUCGUCUGCAGUACGAAGCUUCUCUCCUCAACCCAAACGCGUUGAUUGGCUGUAGAGUUCAGAGGCUUCCAGAGGGAUCUACAGAGCGUUACACUCGCUGGAUCAACACGAUCACUCAGGAGCAGCUCAUGACACAGGUGUUCACAUCUCAUGGCCCCACCGUUGUAAUGCCAACAUGGUUCUGCUCAAGGAACUGGUUCCUGAAGGUCGAACCAUUUGACGAGGGAGGCAAGGGAGUCCCAGAGGAUCUGCUCUUCUUCUACCAGAGUCUUCGCCAGGGAGGGGGUCUGUCCAGGGUCAACCAGUGCUUGCUGGUGUACCGUUACCACGAGAAAGCCGCCACACACUCAGUAACAGAGGAAACCAUUUGGAAGCUGCGAGUGGACUUCCUGCAGGAGAGAGUUCUCAGCCAAUGGAGCGGCUUCACCAUAUGGAACGCUGGGAAACAGGGCCGGAAGCUGUACCGAUGCCUGAGUCCGGCCAAUCAGAAAAAAGUCAAAGCUUUCUGUGAUGUGGAUGAGAACAAGAUCCAGAAAGGGUUUUACACAUACGAAGAAUCCAAGGAAAUACCGAAGCCCAAAAUCCCAAUUGUGCACUACAAAGCUGCCUCCUCCCCCUUCAUCGUCUGUGUUAAACUGGACAUGACGGGAGGUGUGUUGGAGGAGAACCUUAACUCUCUGCAGCUGAAAGAGGGAACAGAUUAUUACCACUUCAACUGAUGAUGGGGAAGACGAGAGGAAAGCAGGGACUCGGAUUCAUUACAACACACACACACACAGAGAGACAGGCAGGUAAUAACACAGUGAACAGGGGAGUCUUUCUCACACCUGAGUCACUGCACAGUUACACAGAGAACCUUAUGGGAAGAGUUUGAUAUUUUGAGGUAAUUCGCUUACUCAAUUUCUUACUGAGAGCUAGAUGAUUGAAGAUUGAUGCCACUCUCGUAUCUGACUCAUUAUAUCUGACACUAUAGCCAAGAGAUGCUGAGCUCAGCACAAAGACUAGAAAGUUAGACUGGCCCCCUCCAGCGGUAAAACAGUUUUUACCUUGCACCUCUGUAGCUCACCUAUUAAAUUUGUUGUACCCUAUUUGUCAAAUACGUACAAAAGCAUUGAUUUACAUUUUAGUAUAGUAUAGUAUUUACAGUAUUUAUAGUAUUUACAAUACGCUGGACAUCUGUAAAAACGUUGGUGCUUUUUCAUAUGAGGGGGAAAUUGAAAAUAUAAAAAUAACAAAAUAGAUCACAACACAUUACAUCACAUUAGUCUGUGAGGGAAACGUAGGUGAACAGACAAAACAAAAUGCAGCAAACAACAGUCGGAAAGUUGUGACAAAUUGUGUCGUAAUUGAACAGUGACAUAGAGAACCACUGUACAGAAAAAACUGCUACAGAUAACACAGACUCACACAUGAAUACAUGAAUCAAAAGGGAAUAGUUUUACUUCAUGUUUUCUUAUGCUGUUUCCAAAUCUGUUGAACUGUUCCUACACACACACGUGUGUUACAGCUAAAAGAAGUAAGCAUAACUUGGACGUCUAUAUUUUACCUAUCAGAGGACAGAUAUUUAUUGUGUAAGAGGGUGUGAUGAUGAACGGUGUUGACCACUGGAAGAAUAAACGUUUUUUUAUGA